AUGAACCCUGAACCACGCAAGUCCGCGCCCAAGAAGGGCUCCAAGAAAGCCGUGACUAAAACCGCCGGCAAGGGCGGCAAGAAGAAGAGAAAGACCAGGAAGGAGAGCUACGCCAUCUACGUGUACAAGGUGCUGAAGCAGGUGCACCCCGACACCGGCAUCUCCUCCAAGGCCAUGAGCAUCAUGAACUCGUUCGUCAACGACAUCUUCGAGCGCAUCGCCUCUGAGGCCUCCCGCCUGGCUCACUACAACAAGCGCUCCACCAUCACCUCCAGGGAGAUCCAGACCGCCGUGCGCCUCCUGCUGCCCGGUGAGCUGGCCAAGCACGCCGUGUCCGAGGGCACAAAGGCCGUGACCAAGUACACCAGCUCCAAGUAAACUGCAGCUCUGCUGCAUCCACCCAA